GGCGCAGGCACAUAUAAAUAGCCAAGCCGCAACGGCUCCUUCUCUCUUCCCUUCCCCCCUCCCCUGCACCGGGCGCCGCUAGGGUUUCGCCGCCAUGCCGCAGGGAGACUACAUAGAGCUGCACCAGAAGCGCCAUGGGCGGCGGCCGGACUAUGAGGAGCGGAAGCGCAAGCGCGAGGCGCGCGAGGUUCACAAGCGGUCGGAGCAGGCCCGGAAGCUUCUGGGUGCCAAGGGCAAGAGGUUUGCCAAGAAGCGGUAUGCCGAGAAGGCACAGAUGAAGAAGACUCUGAAGAUGCAUGAUGAGUCAACUAAGAGGGAUAAGGUUGAGGAUGUUCAGGAAGGAGCUCUCCCGCCGUAUCUACUUGAUCGUGAUCAGACACAACGUGCAAAAGUUCUUAGUAACACUAUUAAGCAAAAGAGGAAGGAGAAAGCUGGUAAAUGGGAUGUUCCUUUGCCAAAGGUCAGACCUGUGGCAGAAGAAGAGAUGUUCAAAGUCAUGCGGACUGGCAAACGGAAAAAUAAGCAGUGGAAGAGAAUGGUCACAAAAGCAACAUUUGUUGGACCUGGAUUUACAAGGAAGCCCCCAAAGUAUGAGCGGUUCAUCCGGCCGACUGGCUUGCGUUUCACCAAAGCUCAUGUUACGCAUCCUGAAUUGAAGUGCACGUUUAACCUUGACAUCAUCUCAGUAAAGAAAAAUCCUAAUGGUCCAAUGUAUACAUCUCUUGGAGUUAUGACGAGAGGUACCAUCAUUGAGGUUAAUGUGAGUGAACUUGGUCUUGUGACCCCCGCUGGAAAAGUUGUCUGGGGUAAAUACGCUCAAGUUACUAACAAUCCAGAGAAUGAUGGUUGUAUCAAUGCGGUCCUGCUAGUGUAAAACCAACCUCUUUGUUCUGUUGUACCCAAUGUGGUGAACUUCUAAAUGCAUCUGAGCUGCUGUGGUCGUAUGGAUAAUAUUAUGAAACUGUUUUGUGCAUGCCCUAUUGCCUUCGUGGCUUCCUGCUUACAGCAGAGUUCAGGAAAA